AUGAUUUUAGGAGGUUACGGAAUCGAGAUCUUGGUGAACGAUGACCCCCUUCGAGAAUAUAGCGAACCGUAUGAGAAUAGUAAAAUGCAAAUUACUACCAAGCAGAGUUAUAUACAAGGAAUCAACGCAGACAAACGUUACGAAAGCGAUAGGACCGUGUUCGUAGCGGUUCCAAAACCGGGAAUGAAAUUCACUGUCAAGAUUUGGGCGGAUUCGGCAAAUUCCAAGAAGGCGUAUCGAAUUCAUGUAUACAUUGAUGGAAUAUGGGAUCACGCAUCUUAUACGUUGACAGAUUCACGUUCAAAUAUAAUUGAGCAUUUUAUUGAUGAAAAAGAUAAGAAAAAAUAUAAUUUUAUAUUCGCUCAAUCAAUGUGGUCGGAUGAUGUCUCAAAGGAGGUUGAUGUUAAGGAGAAUAACAAUGGCAGAUUCGGAAGCAUAUCAGUGGAAUUUUUUGAGGCUACAUGGUCACUAAAAGAGUAUGCAAGGCCUUCUUAUACUGUAAAACAAGCAGUCGUAACAGAAUCUAAAAACUACACUGGUCUAUCUUUUAGUACUCGAUUUGAAGAGGCUCCAAUUGAUGAGAAUGAGGAAUUGGUACCAAGUCACGUAGGCGGGUCUUAUUAUGGAUGGAAAAGUGCUGACAAACCGUCAGCCGUUCUCACGUUACACUAUCGACCUAAAACGUGGUUAGAAUAUAAGGGUCUUACUCCUGAUCCGUUCUAUUCAAGAUUGACCCCUGAACUGGAACCAGAAGUUGAUUUAGAUGAAUAUGGAAGAGAUCGGAAAAUUAAUUAUGAUUCCGAAGAGGAGAUCGAAAGAGAACGUGCACGUGUAAGGAAAAAAAGUCGCGUACACAAGUACAUUGAUUUUGAUGAUGGCAUAAAGCGACGUAAAGUAGGGGUUGAUGAAGUUAUUGAGAGUCAAAUUGUACCAGAAAAAGUUGUUCUUCCUAAAUUAUCGGAGAAUAAUAAUAGACCUUCACUAAACAAUCAUCAUAAAAUUUCAGUAAAUAAUAAUAGAUCUUCGGUUAACAGAAAUAACAAUAAUAAACCCAUUGGGAAAAGUAUUCUCAAAAAGGUUGAUAAAAGCGUUCCAGAUGCAUCAACGGUUAAAUUUGCAAGAUAUUAUGAAGAAAUUGUUGAAGAGACAAAAUUUAUUGAUAUUGAAGUGGACUCGAGCAACCCAAUUGAAGAAAUAAGACAGAAUAAAAAACUUCGAGAAAUUAUAGAAAUUCUGGAUUCUGAUGAGGAAGCAUAA